AUGAAUCUUGGAAGUGGAUUAGAGGAAUCAAAGUUUGCAGGCCAACUCUUGUUAUCUCUCAUAUAUUUUUUUGCUGAUCAUAGUUAUAUCUAUUGCAAAGCUUCCCAUGAAGAUGCUACAAGAUUUUUAGAGUUGCUUCAUAAGUUUGAGGAGGCAUCUCAGCAAGUUAAUUUGGCAAAAUCAAAUGUCUUUUUUAGUGCCAAUGUGGCAGGGCCAAGUCAAUUGGAUCUUUGUAAUGUUCUACAAAUGGCAGAAGCUUCUAAACACAAUUUUUAUCUGGGUUUGCCUAAUAUUUUGGGUCAUUCUAAGUCUAUGAUUCUGAGCUUCUUGAAGGAUAGGGUUUGGAAAAGGGUUCAAAAUUGGGAUGGGAAGCUUCUUUCUUAUGCUGGGAAAGAGGUUUUGAUUAAAAUGGUUGCUCAAUCAUUGCCUACAUAUGUCAUGAGUGUUUUUUUGCUCCCAUUCGAUGUGUCUAAAGAUUUGGAGAGAAUUAUGAGUAAGUUUUGGUGGUAUUCAACUUCUUCUCAUGCAUCCCUAAGGAAUAAUCCAAGUUUUGUGUGGAAGAGUGUCUUUGAAUCGCAUGAGCUUCUCAAGUCUAGGGUUCUUCAGGCAAUAGGUUCUAUUGUUAAGGUUGAUAUUUUGCAUCAGCCAUGGCUUCUGGGUGAUGUGUGUCCUUUUGUUACUUCAGAUGCCCAAUGUUUGGUGGGCCAUAAGGAGCAUCAUGGUUUCUACUCAGUGUGUAGUGCAUACAAGUGGAUACAAGCUCAGAAAGGAAAUUGGAUUGUAGUUGAUUCUUCUGAGUUUUGGCGCAAGCUUUGGCAUUUGAAAGUACCACCGAAAGCUCUCAAUUUGAGGCUUUUGGUUGGGGUAAGGUCGAUUGUUGCUAUUGAUUUUUGCAGCUGGUUUGAUCAAAUUUUGCAAAGGCGCAUCAGCCCAAAUAGAGUUUCAAAGGCUUCUUUUCCAGUGUUUAAAGCUGGUGAUGGAGCUGAAUUUCGGGUUAAGCUGCAGGAGAAUACAAUCAAGACAACUGUUGAUGUCGUCAUUUCCAUGAUCGAGCAGCAUUUGGUUAUGGCAUAG